CAAGAGCUUUCGAUUCAGAUCAUAGCAAUACUCAGAAAAAUCCAAUUCUGCUCUCAGUUAUACAUUACGGUCUCUCAAAACCCAACACUCUCGCCAUCAUGCACAGCACUCGUAUUAUUCCUGCUUUGAUCAGCUUCUUUUUUGUGGCUGGCGCUAUCGCUCUUCCUCAGCCAGCCCGUCAUAACUUGCCUUCUCUGGAGUACAAUGACAACAAUGCCGUUGAAGACAAGCGCGCAAUGCCGUCUCUUGAGUACAACGAUAACAACGCUGUCGAAGACAAGCGUGCAUUGCCAUCCCUUGAGUACAACGAUAACAAUGCUGUCGAAGACAAGCGAGCAUUGCCAUCUCUUGAAUACAACGACAAUAACGCCGUCGAGGACAAGCGCGCUUUGCCGUCCCUUGAGUACAAUGAUAAUAACGCUGUCGAAGAUAAGCGUGCCUUGCCCUCUCUCGAGUACAAUGACAACAACGCCGUUGAAGAUAAGUAGAGAAACACUGAAGAGUGCUGAGCGAGACGAGGCUGCUUUUUGACCCUCGGACUCCGUGUUACUCUCUUGGGUGCUUGGUGGGAUUUGUUGAUGACUCUGGGAACCGAGGCAAGGGGCAAAAAUGAGCUUGGGAGUAGUUUAGACAACUCAGAUUAUGUUCAUAAUCACAAAAUAUACUAC